AUGGCUCGAGUCUCGCCUGUCAGGAGACGGGAGCCCACUUUCAAUUUAUACAUCACGUCCAUGCAUCUGACAGGAGAGAGCAGCGAGCUGUUCAGCUCUCCCAGCUCCAUGCUGAUGCUGCUGGUGCUCCAACUGGCAGCAAGUACGAGGUUGUGCAGAAGGGAGAUGCUUCAUGCACGCGGCACACGCAACCAUUUGCCAACCACAGCAAAGAAUGGCGAGAAAGCACACAUCACCUGUCUGAGCCCUCCAAAAAUAGAUGAAAUUGAGAAAAUGUAUGCCAAUCACCUUUGGCCAAAGGCUCAUUGUGUUGAGACAUAG